UAAUAUUUCCCCAAUUUAUUGAUAGUCUUAUCCAGAAUUCCAACUCCAUUUCUUCAGUUGGUCAGAUAUGGCUCUUUUCGUCUUCAGUAGCACCACAACCUACCCCUCCAUCGCCUUUCUUUCUUCUUCCCUAUCAUCGUCACACGUAUCAGCAUACCCAUUCUACAGGUUGCGCAAGAACUUCACCGGUUUGCACCCAAAGUCAGUCUGCAGACUUCAGAUUAAGACGUCCUCUAUCAUCAAAGAAAGAAGUGCAUUGAUUGUAAAGGCAUCCUCCGAGGCCGAUGGGACAGGCCCAGAUGGUGUUGAGCCUCCUCCAUCAGAAGGUGAAAAGACUGAUAUACCAGUUGAAGAUCUUCCUUUGGAGUCCAAGCAGCAAUUACUGCUUGAACAGAGGUUGAGGAUGAAGUUAGCUAAGAAGAUUAGGCUUCGAAGAAAGAGACUUGUUAUGAAGCGCCGCUUGAGGAAGAAGGGCCGAUGGCCACCUUCAAAGAUGAAGAAGAACAAAAAUGUAUAACCUUGACCUCAAUUUUCUAGUCCAGGUUUUUCAAUCUGUCGAUUGAAGCUGUUUUUGAAAGAUUGAAUCAGUAUGCAUUUCAGGUUUAUGGUUUUGUUUGCAGGAAUCGAAUCUCUCAGUUAAAUUUGUUGUGUCAAUUAGAGUGUUUCAUAUGAAUCUAGAUGGUAUAGUUUUGCAA